CUUGCUCUAUCUUUGACGGGGAAGUGUGGCUUCGUUUUACUUGGUUUAUUUUAGGAAGACAAAACACAUUGAACAUUAAUAUAUAUUGUUGCUACUAGAUCUAGUCUAGAUCUAGAAUGUAUACUUUAUGACUUGCAUUGCAGUUGUAUUCGGUAGUGUUCAUUUGAAAACAGCACUCGUAGAUCUAUUAGUUUAAUAAAAAGGACGGACUACAGCAGAUUUACAAUGGAGAUGGAUAAUUCAAAAUGGUUUCAAAAAUGUGAAGAUUUCCAAACCACUGAAUAUUCCUUAAGUGUUCUGGAGACAACAAUGAAAAUGGCUUCAGAAAAUGGUGAUGCAUCAUCUCCAACUGCUGAACUAACUCUGACAGAAGACAACAUGAGCAGCGGUCUUGAUGGUGGCUUGGAAGACAAUCAGGCUAUUGACAUUUGUAGAUUGUGUGAAGAUAAGAUUAAAGUGCCUAAGGUCUUAUCUUGUUUGCAUGAAUUCUGUGAAGGAUGUCUUAAAAAGAAAUAUGACAGUGAAAGAGAAGAGGAAGUAAAUUCCCCAAGCAGCCCUUUGGCUAAGGAAUGGAUGAUGGACCUUAUUAAAUGUCCUUUAUGUGGACAGAAGACUAGGUUACCAGAUAAAGGGAUUGUUGGUCUCCUCUCUGAUACUGUACUCGAGGAUAUGAUAGAAUCUGAUUCUGAUGAAAAGAAACAGAUUGGUUGUACAAGUUGUAAAGCUGGUGACAAUGCCAUUGCAAGGUGUAGGACCUGUGAAAAUUUAUUGUGCCCUAAUUGUGUAACAGCUCAUCAGUUUAUGAGGUGUUUUGAAGAUCAUAAGGUGGUUACUUUCGAAGAGAUGAUAAAGAGUGGAGAAGGUAUUGAACAUUUAAGAAAACCUGUAUUCUGCACCAUUCAUGGAGUUGAAAGCAUUAAGUUCUUUUGUUGUUCUUGCAUGGUUCCAGCUUGUGGUGAGUGUGUCCAGAAGUCACACAGCAGUCCUGAACACAGUGUAAAACAACUUACAGAAGCUGUUGGAUCCAAAAAAGACACGCUUUCUGAUUUUACAAAGGAAUGUGGUAAAAAACUAAUUGAUUGCCAGAAGAUAAAUGCUAGUCUAAAUGCAGCCUUCGAGGACCUUGAAAUGCAAAAGGACAAUACCAAAGGACUUAUACAAGAGACAUUUCAAAGCUACAAGACCAUUCUUGAAGACAUAAGGGAUUCUUUUUUGAAAGAAUUGGACGAACUUCAUGAAAAAAGAGAGCUAUGUCUAAUGGAAAGAAUGCAUAAAUUAUCUACUUACGAAAAUCAGCUCACUCAGGCAAAAAGUUUUGUUGAGCGCAUUUGCCAAAAUGGCCAUGCAGGUCAAGUUGCACAGCUUCUUCAAACCAUGCUUAGUCAGUUGAACAAGUUGUGCAUGGGGCUAAUAAUGCCAGAUGUUCCUGUGAAUACUGAAUUUAAAACUGAUGCUUCAGCUUUUGCUUCAGCUGUUAAAGGCACCUUUGGAUAUUUUGCUCGAGAGAAAAGUGGAAUGAAUGGUAUGUCUAUACAUUCGCCUUUUGAACCUGAACAGUUUUCCCUUCCAUCCAUGUUGAACAUCAGUGGUGGUAUGAUGCAGGUUCAAGGAAGUCAAGAACUGCUUAACCUAAGCAACCUAACUGGUGUUCCCAUAAAUACUAUUGGCAUUGGUUCAGGCAUGGAGACUCUUUCUAUAUCCAAUGUAAUUUCUGGGCUUACUGCUGUGAACCUGGGGCACCAUCCAGAUGGCUCCACCAUCUCGGGCAAUAAUAGCCCUCUAUCUGAUAGUGGAAUCUCUGUGGAUAAUGUCAGCCAUAGUAGUGGAGGAAAUGCAGCUGCAAUGAUGAACGUAGCAGCAAUGGCAAAAUUGCGUCAAAGUCCUCUCUUUGCCUCUGGAAUGAGUAUUACAGGACCUGGAUCUUCUUUGGGAAAUGGUGGAAAUGCUAUUACGUCUGGUUCUGGAGAUAAUUCAUUAGCUAGCAUUCUAGGUUCCAACACCCCCGUAUCUAGUUCAAAUGCAGCCAACGUACAAAAUGCUAAUUUGGAGGGCCUUGCUUCAUUGUUAAAUCAGCCUCCACCUACCCCACUAAGUACUUUUUCAAACAUCGGAUCUUUUGAUCAGUUUAGUCCAGCAUCGAUCCCUCAGGAACUAGGCUCUCCAAACAGUACUUACAGUAAUGAGCCCUACCCGCCUGUGCGACGCACUAAUAAAAUGAAUGCAAUGCAGAUAAGCAGGUUCCAAGGUGGACUGGGCGAUACUGAAAUUGGCCAUUGGGGACCUCAACAUAAACAAGUCAAUGAAGUUCCGUUAAGAUGCAAAUUUGGUCAGCUUGGUCCUGGCAAAGGUCAGUUUAAUUCACCUCAUGGAUUCUGCUUAGGCAAUGAUGAAGACAUAGUUGUAGCUGACACAAAUAAUCAUCGAAUUCAAGUUUUCCAAAAAACUGGAGAAUUUAAAUACCAGUUUGGAAUUCCAGGACGUGAAGAGGGUCAACUUUGGUAUCCAAGGAAAGUAGCAGUCAUGUUAAAGACAGGAAAGUUUGUAGUUUGUGAUAGAGGAAAUGAAAGAUCAAGAAUGCAGAUUUUUAACAGAAAUGGUCAUUUUUUAAAGAAAAUAGCCAUUCGAUACAUUGACAUUGUUGCAGGACUGGCCAUAACUCCUGAAGGUCACAUAGUAGCAGUAGAUAGUGUUUCUCCCACUGUAUUUGUUAUUUCUGAGAGUGGCGAUUUGAUAAAAUGGUUUGACUGCAGUGACUACAUGAGGGAGCCAUCUGAUAUAGCUAUCAAUAACAAUGAAUAUUUCGUUUGUGAUUUCAAAGGACACUGUGUCGUAGUAUUUGCUAGAGAUGGUACAUUCCUACGCCGCAUUGGCUGUGAAAACAUCACUAACUAUCCAAAUGGAAUAGACAUCAGUGGCCAUGGAGAUGUGCUAAUUGGUGACAGUCAUGGCAACCGCUUCCACGUGGGUGUUUUCCAGCGGGAUGGGUCACUUAUCAGUGAAUUCCAGUGUCCCUACGUGAAGGUCAGUCGUUGCUGUGGGUUAAAAAUAACCACUGAAGGAUACAUUGUCACAUUAGCUAAAAAUAACCACCAUGUUCUGGUUUUGAAUACGUUGUAUAUACCAUAAAGAUUUAAAGCUGCAAGUGUUGUGAAAUUAUAAUAAUGCACAUUAAAUCCAUUGCUGAUUUCAGGGCUUACUUUUUCAACAGCUCUGCAUUAUUUUUUUUACAGAAAAAUUGUAUUCAUUGAAUUGUUCUAAAAGCCAUUCUUAUUUUUCUGAUCACAUUUUUAUGGGUGGGGGGUGGCUCCUUACUCGAUUAAAAAUGUUUUGUCAUUUGUAGCAUGAUCUACAGCUUUAUUUACCUUUUUUUUUAAUUUACUAAGAAUCAGAAAGUGUUUUUUAUUACUUCAAUGGCAUUUAUUGGAUAUGUUUAAAAGAGAUUUAUGAAUGAUUGUAACAUUAUUUUAAAAGCCUGAGUACAUUUCCAGUAAGUAUUACCUUUUUGUAAAGAAUUUCAGUUACCAAUAAUUUCUAAUGCCAAGUGAAUAAAUAAGUCACCAUUAUGAUUUUUAUUUGUAAAUUGAUAUUCAAAUGUCAUUAGUGUGAAUGAUAAUUCUGUGUGAUUUGUAAUUUACAUUUUGAUCGUUUUAUGCUAGUUGUGUUGCUCUUGGUUUUAUGAUUAUAAAACUUUUUAAUUAUUAGAGCUUUAAAAAUAACAUUGCAGAAGUCUACUCUCCCUGUUUAUUCUUAACACUGCUAAAUGUUAGUAAGUGAAAUAUGCCCUAGGAUAGGGGAAGUAGUAAUAAUACUUGCAAUUAUUACUUUGUUGUACAGUAUUUAACACCAUAUAUGUCAUAAUAGUGUAUAUACAAUUUUUUAAAAAUAUAUUUCCUUUGUAGAAAGACAUAAUGUCUCCGUGAAAUACUUUAUAAUAAAAAAAAGUGCUCAAAGAGACUUUACUUUCAGCUGUUAUACCAAUUUUUAGUUGUUUUUUCCCUCCAUAUCUACAAUUUUAGUAUCGUUGUCAUCUUCAUACAGUAUUACUUUUAUUGUUGUUUAACUAAACAAAUCUUUAGUGAGCAAAUUUUCAGACUCUUUCAAAUACAGCAAAUGCUGUUGUAAAGUACAGGUGAUAUUAUUCUCCCCUUUAUUUUAUUUUAGAAAUCUAUGCAUAUUGAAAUGCGCAAGUGGUUUACACUACCCUUCCCCAUUCCCCACCGCUUUUAAAGUUAAUUCCCAUGUCAGUUAAUUUUACAGAAAAAUAUCAGCUAUUUAGGGGACAACAUUCCAUGUAAAGAUCAAAGUCUUGCUGUUUCGUCUUUUUUUUUUAAAGAAAAAUGUAUUGUUCUCAGGCUAUUCUUUUUAAAUUAAAUGCAUUACGAAUUUAUAUAUAUACAAUAUUUAUCCCUAUUUAAACAUACAUUAUAUUUUUUUUAAGGACUUAAAGGCUAUUGAUUCUUCCAUUUAAAGCAAUUAUUUUAUCGUUAACAGUUUUAAAAAAAAAAAUAAUUUUUUUGAUGAUUUACAUGAAAUUGAAUCAAUAUACCAUAUCAUACAAUAUUGAUUAGGAUAAAAGGUGCACAUUUUACAAUAUCUUCUGGUGUAGCUGUUAAGGUUUUUCAAAAUUUGUGCCAAUAUGUUCAUUGAAUUUUUUUUUUUUAAUAUUUACAUGACCUUAAUAGCUCUCUUGUUCUUUUAGAGCAAAAGGAGCUCAUAAGACCAUUUUAAAUAUAUAAAUUCUGUAGGCUUUCAUUUUUAAAUAAUGCAUAGAGUAUUAUUUAAUAAUUCCUCAAUAACUCAUACCACAGUUUACUUCUUAUUCUAUUUACUUCCUUUGGUCGGAAUAUCUGGCCUUUUGAUUAAUUUAAAAAAGAUUACUGUAAUCUCAAAAUUACAAUGCAUAUACAUUUUAAAUAUGAAUGUGUGCUUACUAAAUUGAUUAAACACUAUCUUACAUCCCAUUACCAGUUAUUUUAGGUACAAUAGUGUAUACUUUAUAGAUUUUACAUCAGUUAUAUUUUACAGUAUCUUUAAAAGAAUGGGAAUAGAUUUAUUAAUUGGUCUGUCCCAAUCUAUACAUUGAUUAUGCAACUUGUAUCUAAUCUAGUCAUAUAUACUCAUCCGGACAUGACCCGUGUUUUGGUUUUUCUCCUUCCUUUCCCAUAUUUUUUAACUCAAAAAUUUUUAUGUUUUUGUUAUUUACUUUAUUUAAUUUUUUUUUUUUUUUUUUGCCGUGCCUUAAACAGUUUUUGUUUUGUUUUCGUGUUCAGUGUUAAAAAACAAAAGCUUUACAACAGAUAUUUAUAUUAUAUUAUGACAUGUGGUUUUUAAAAAAUUAACCCAUGAUUUUUUUAAAUCACAUUUUAGUGUAUUUUUAAAGCAGUUGUGCUUUUAGAUAACUCUGAGAAGUAAAAAUAUUUGGGGGGAAAUGACCCUUCAAGUAAAUAUUAUUUUUUGGGGGUCAUAAUGCUUUUCAGUUAUCUUCUCCUUAUCCAUCUGUAGACCCCAUCCCCUUGCCACUGCAAACUUUUGUGCAGAAACCUUGUAUGAAACUAUUAAACACCCACCAUACUUAUACAGAUAACAAAGCCUAUAUAUUUUUAUUAACCCAUUAAAUAAAUCAAAAUUACUUAGAUCUCACCUUCUGAAAUGGUCAUAAAUUUGGAUGGUGUGAGUUUUUUUAAAACAAAACAUGCAGUUUUCCAUGCUACCAUUUUCAUCCUUGUUAUAAACUGUUUUAAGCUUCAUCAUAAAGUAUUCCAGAAAUAUUAUAUUUACCCAGUAACUUUGUAGAUUUUUUUUUAACAUGAACAGAAAGAAGGGAAGGAAAAUGAGGCUUCCUUUUGAGCCCAUUUUCUUAUCGCCACAUAUACUUGGUCUCCCAUUGUUUGUUUGCCUUUGUCAUUCAGACAAUCUAGUUUUAUUUUAAAAAUUUUCUUUCUCUAGAAAUCACAACGAGUUUUCAUCAUAUUUGUUACCAUACUAUGAAUUGUGAUUCUGUGUUCAUGUUCUCAAUUCCAUCUUGAUUAUUUAAGAAAAUGUGUACGUUUUUAAUCACUCAUGUAUUUACAUGUUACUUGACCCCCAUACUACUGAGAUUUUUUGUCAAGGGGAUGAGUUUUUAAAAAUAAUGCAAACAUAUUUAUUAUAUUUGUAUAUAUCACAGUUAACAGCUGUUGCAUUUUUUGCCAUGUUGUGGUUAGUUUUUUUUAAUAGCUCAAUAGGAAUAAGUCUGAAAGUCAUUUGCUUCAUGCUCUUGUGCAUACGGAAUUUAAAGUAGAACAUCAAUUUCAAAAUAUUAUUUAAAUAUUUGUUCUAGUCUUUUGUUUUAAUGAUUCAAAAUUAUGUAUAUAAUCAUCCUAUUUAAUACAAUAGAGGUUUGGAAUAGGAGAAAAUUAAAUUCAGUCAGGUUUAUUUUAUCUUUACAAACCAGGGAAAUCAUCCAUUUGGUUUUAUUUUUAAAGUUUACAUAUGGUGCUGUAUGUUACUAAUUUUUUCUUUCAUAUUUAUGAUUAUACAACAUAAGUAAUAAUGGCUUUUUUUUUUACUUGAAGAACAAAGGUAUUCUCUGAGUGCAAUCUGAUAAUGCUAAGAAAAAAAUUACAGUUUGUUUUUUGCUUUUUUUUUUUUAUUUGUGCAUCUAAUGGGACCUAUCAUUUUGUAAGUUUAUUGCACAGUUUUUUGAAGUAUCAGAUUGUACUCAGGUUAAAAAUACUUUUGAGUGUUUGUAAAUAUAUUUUUAAAGAAACAUUUUAAUGUAAAAAUGUUAGGUAAAUAGUGGGUUUUGUUAAUUUUUGCCCACAAAAAGCAAUGUUUUUUUUUUUUUGUUUUCUCUCCCAUUGAUUCAUUUAAGGAGAUGGUUUAUUUUUUUAAGAUUUUGUAUUUUCUUUUAUUUGUGGCCAUCUGUUGUAUAUUGAAGGUUUUUAGUUGUACCCUUUCCUUUCAUUAAUUUCCACAGGUUUUGUAUAUAUUUUUUUCCUGCUAAUGUACCAAAAUUUUGGACAUUUCUUUCUUUAAAAAAAAUCUGGCCACGAAGUAAAUAUUUUUCAAUUUUAUGCUGGCACCCUUGAAUGUCCAUCCAAUCUCAGUUAUAUAUUGUUAAGUUGUUUUUUUUUUUUUCAAAGUGAUCUUCUUACACAUUUACGUAUUAAUUCCGUGAGUUGAUUGGGCGCAUUCACAUAUUUACUAUGAGAUUUUGUUGCAACUUGGAUUUUAUGACUUUAUAUAUAGUUAGUUGAAUUGAUGUUCCAUUUUUUUUUUUAAUAAAAAAAAAUAAAAUUACAAAAAAAAAAAUAAUAAAAAAUAAAAACAAAAAAAAAAUUUAAAAAUUCAAAUUUAAAAACUAGAAUUGAUUGUUAUUUGACACUAAACCGUGGUGCAUUUUUGUUGGUUAUUUAUUUUAUUUUUAAUAAUUCUUUCUUAAAACUGUUUCCCCAUUCCUUUUAAUUUAACACGAAUUUAAAAUUAUUUGAAAUAUUCAAUCAAUAUUUACAGUAAGAUUUUUUUAAUCCCAAAAAUGGAAAGUUUGUGCUUGAAGUUACUUUUUAACUCAAUCACAAAUUCACCAAUGGGUUUUCACUCCUCAUUCUGUCUUCUGCAGGUAACACAAACACAAUAGUAAUGACACACUGUUUGGCACCAUGUAAUUAGUGCAGAUAUUAUUAAAGUUUUUACCUGUAUCACUACUCAUGACUUUUUCCUCAGCAACCAUUUCCCUUUUAAGGGAUAACUGUAAAAUAACUUAAUGCUAAUAUUAAUAAUUUUUAGGCUAAGUUUUUCAGUAUUUUUAAAAAAAUACUUAAAACUGCAUUGUUUAAAAUAGUGAACUUUUUGUAAUUGGGAAAGGUAAACAAAUUUUGUACAUCUAAAAACAAGAUAGUAAGUAGCCUAUUUAAAAAAGUAAUAUUUCCUCAGAGUUGGAUCUUUUUUAUCUUCAUUAAUUUGCAUGUCAUCUAGUUUAAUUGCUAGGUUAAUUUUUUUUAACCAUAAACUUUUUUGCCAAAGUUUAUAUUUCAGAUUGUUAAAAUGCAGCUAUUUAAAUUGAUACUAGUAAAAUUUUGCAUAGUAAUUUAGAGGUAGCCUUUUGUUUAUUAGACAGUGAAACUAUGCAUUUAUAAAAACAGUUUUAGAAUAAAAGUGGGGGGAUCAAUACAUCUAUAGACAUUUGCUUAUUCGUCCUUACUAAUUUUGAUGUCAACUUCCAAUAAGCGCUACUUAAAAUUAUCAAAAACAUUUUAUUGGCUAUUAACAAUGGUUUUUAUAUUUUAUUAAUUUAAAAUUAAAUUUCAAUAGACAGGACACUAAUUUCUCAUGUCUUUUUAAGGAAUAGUUUUUAAACUCAGAUCUCAGUUUUAUUUGUAUUUAAAUAUUUACAGCUAUAUUUAAGUCAUUGUCUUAGUAGUAAAUUUCUUUCUCCAUACAUGCUUAAAGGUUUACUGCUUGUGUGAUAUUUUUAAAAAAAAAUCAUACUGCUGUUUCAGUAGAUGCAACUCAUUUCAAAAAAGGUUUUAUAUUUGGGAUGGGCAAAAAUCUAUUAUCAGAACAAAUACUUUUAUCUUCUGACAAAAUGUUUUAUAAUAACCACGCAUUUUAUGCAUUCAGCAUUCUAAUCACAGGUAACAAUUAUUCUUUACAUAAGCAAUAUUGAACUAUGUAUUUACAGUAUAAUUUGCUCAAAUUUUUUUUCAAUUUAAAUGUUCUAUUUUGUACUUAGCUAUUCAUUUUUUUAAAUUUGCUGUGUAAUAAUGCUUUUUUUAAAAAGUGCAUUCUGAUAAUCAAAGGUUUUUUAACAAAUUACUCAUUCAGUUUUGUAAUAACCAGGUCGCUAUUUUAACCGGUGACAUUGUCAAAUUUAUGUUAGUGCCAUUCAGUGUGUCUUUUUAAAUAUUUUAAGUAAUGUAGUUAGAUUUCAAUUAGAUUUUCCAUAAUCUGUCUUAUAUAUAUAUUAUAUAAUAGAAACAACCUUCUAAAAUGCAUAGUGUUAAUCACAAUCCUACAUACACCACUUUUUCUUAUUGCUGCAAUAGACAGGCAUGAGGGGCACUAUACACAAGUAUUCAUAUAUAUAUAUAUUAUAUAUUCCUAUUUUUGGAAAUACAUCGGCCAUUUCUUAAAAUGUACGUUUAUGUUAUGAUGUAUGCAAAAAAUGGAAUAAAGGUGUUCUUUCAA